AUGGGGUUUAUAUUGAAAGCUGCCGCAUUAGUUCUUCUUGGUAUGAUAUCCUCUUCCUCUCGGGCCUAUCAACUCAAUUCCCUGAGCCCCUCGAAGCCCCCAUUUUUUGUUCUAGCAGGAGAUAGCACCACUGCUACGCAAUCCGCCGGUGGAGGUGGGUGGGGUGACGGCUUUCUCAAUACAACAUUGUUUCGAAAUGCAACUGGGCAAAAUUUCGGGCAUAAUGGUGCGACUACAGUCAGCUUUCGCACUGGAGGCGACUGGGAUGUGGUUCUGGCUACUGUAAAACAAGUGAAAGACAUUUAUCGCCCAUUUGUGACUAUCCAAUUUGGACACAAUGAUCAGAAGCCGGCUGCAAAUAUUUCAUUGUCGCAGUAUGCAAGCAAUCUUGAACGAUUUGUGGCAGAAGUCUUCGAUGCUGGAGCAACGCCGAUUCUCGUUACCCCCUUGUCUCGACGCAAUUACGACAAUUCAACAGGCACUCCACAAAUCAUACUUAGCCUCGCCAACGAAACAGCCGCUACAAUCAGUGCUGCUCAUAGAUCCGGUGCCAGCUUCAUUGAUUUGAACAAAGCCAGCACCAGGUAUCUGAAUGCAAUUGGGCCGGACAAUGCUUAUACAUACAACUUGAAUCCGACCGAUUAUACCCAUUUGAAUGUUCCUGGCAGUGUUUUAUUUGGGGGAAUUGUGGCCGAACUCAUUAUCCAAGACUUUCAGGCUUUGUCAAAAGAUGGAUAUCUGAAAGUGAGCGAAAGGCUCAAGAAGGACGUGGAUCGUGGUAUUUACUACUGGUUUUGA